AUGGUGAAGAAGGGACAAGUGUAUGAAGCCAUUCUCGAUUACAAGCCACCUCGUUCUGCUACAGAUGAGAUCUGUCUUAAAGAAGGUCAAGAGGUGGUGGUUCUCAGCAAAGACAAACCUCACAAAUGGAGAGUACGAACAAGGAGAAGCAAAAACUUCAUCAAAGUGGAAGAAGGCUUUGCUCCAUCUGCCUACCUAAAGGCAACCAACGAAACGGUAGACGUUGAUGCUCCAGACGUCACACAGGAGACUCCCAAAGAUGAACAGGCUAUUGCCAAGGACAAUAAGAAAAAGAAAGACAUGAUAGUGCGUGAGCUAAUUGAAACCGAAGAAGAUCUCAUUCGAGACAUGCAGUUUGUACAGCGUACCUACAUUCGCCAGUCAGAGAGCUCAAUUACGCCAAAGGAAAUUAAAGCAGUGAAAGAUGAUAUCUUUGGCUGCUUCAAAGAGCUUCUAUCCUUUCACAAUGAUGUACUGCUGAAGAACUUUCAGAAGCUCUCCAAAGAGCCAGCCACCAUCGGGACGAUGUUCCUCAAGCUGGAAGACGACUUUGAUAAGCACACUACAUACUGUAAAAAUCUCCCCAAAGCGUUGGCCAUUCUGGAUGAAAAUUCUGAUGUCAGCGAGUUUUUCAAUAACUACGCAUCAAAAGUGCGCGAUGAGAAAACUCUAGCUGAUCACUUAAAGUUGCCGUUCCAAAGAAUUAGUGAUUACCAGUUGCUGCUAAAGGAACUGUCAAAACACUUGUCGCGAAUGCAGGAAAAUGUGGACGACCUCGAGAAGGCGGUGAAAGUGAUUGCCGCAAUACCGGAGAAGACUGCCCGAAGUGACGUGGACGACGAGGAGGAGAAGGGAGGCGAUGGCGGAGCUGGGGAAGCCAGCAGCAGUGGCACUGGCGCUCGUCCGGCUGCCUCCCCACUGCCGACAGUGCUCGGCGAGUCUUCCGACAAGCUGAGCAAGAUGCUGAAGAAUGUACUGCAGGCGAAGCUGCCCGACGUGGAAGUUGCUCCUGACGAGAGCAACCCCACGGUGCUCAUCAUCAAAUCGAAGGACCUCUCCGACCGAAGCUUUCCCAUUGGACUGAAGUGCAAGUCAGUGGAGCAGGCGAAAACCUGGCUCGACAAUCUCACUCGUAUACCUGCAGCUGAGGACGACGAACAGGAGAAGGCCGAGGAGCAGAGUUUCAUCGAACAGGACGACCUCUUCAUGAACGUCAAUGCCAGUGAGGAGGUGAAGCCACCAGUGAAGGUUGACGAGAACAACAAUCUCGCAAAGGCGAAGAAGGCGGCCACCGAGCUUGCAGAGGCCACAGCAGCAGCAGCAGCAUCAGCAGCGACCAGUGAACCAGUCAGCACACUGGACAGCAGUAUUGCCAGUCUGGAGAGCUCCUCAAAGAGCAGUGCCGGCAAUGCCAAUGCCGAGGCACUGGAGGACAGCACCGAGGCGACCACCGCCGCCACUGACAAUCUGCGCAGCGAAUCAUUGUCCUCCGUUGACGUUGGCGAAAACGCCAAGUUUGAAUGCAAAGUGGAUGCGGCCAACUUGCAUGUACAGUGGCUCAAGGACAAUAAGAUUCUAUCUGGCAAGAACUACCGCACCAGUAAAAGCAACGACACAUACUACUUGGAGUUGAUCAACUUGGCACCCGAAGACGCAGGUCUCUACACUAUCAUUGCAUCAAACGGAAAGGAAUCCGCCUCCUCCAGUUCAACGCUCAACGUUCUCUCUGGUGACUCUCGUCCGACCAGUCCUGGUGGCUCCUUCCUUCCACACGCGCCUCGCUUUAAAGUAAAGCUAAAAGACACUGAACUGCUUGAAGGGGCUACAGUACGCUUUGAGAUCAUCGUUCGAGGAUUGCCCAUUCCAAGUAUUAACAUCUAUAAGGACAAUAAGCCGCUGAAAGAAGAUGACCAUCUAAAGGUGAUUUGGCAGUCAAAGGAAGUCUUUGAAAUUGUCAUCGAGCACGUGAAGCCAGAAGACGCAGGCGUCUACCGGUGCACUGCUAUAAACACCGAAGGCGAAGAUGAGACAUCGGGCAAAAUUUCCGUUUCAAGCGACAAGAAUGUCUUCUGGGGACUGGAUGCAAAUGGCGAAAACGGCUCGAUGACGGAGGAGAACAGCAUUUCCAGCCCUCGGGCUGGUUCGCCGGCAUUUAAAUGGUUCAAAGAUGGCAAAGAGUUUGAAGCGAGCGAACGCUUUCAGGUGCAGUUCGAUGACCAGGAGGACAACAUUGUGCUCAUCUUUCAGCACGUCAAGCCAGACGAUGCGGGCAUCUACACCUGUGUUGCCUCUACGGCGAAUCAGAAAAUUUCGUGCAGUGCUGAACUGAACGUACAGGGAGUGAUCAAAGAGCUGGCUCGGCCUCCAGUGGCUCCGGUGAUAAAGAAGGAGCUGGCCAACAUUAGCAUCAGCGAAGGCGAGUCAGUGGCCAUUCUCGAGGCACAGGUCACCGGCUAUCCCAAGCCAAAGAUCAACUGGUACAAGGGUGGCGAGAUCCUUCAGGCCAGUGAACACUACAAGAUGCUCUACGAGGAUGAGGAGAACUACGCACUGAUCAUUAAGAACGUCAAAGCGGAAGACGCCGGCUCGUAUCGCCUGCAGGCAAGCAAUGAGCUGGGCACUGCUGACACCUCCGCUGAGUUGACUGUGCUCAAGAAGCCUAAGAUCAUCCAGAUCACCGACAAAAUUGAGGUGAUGAGCAAUGAGAAGCUGGUGCUGGAGGCCAAGUACGAAUCAGUGCCUCCGCCAAAGGUGGUUUGGUACAAAGAAGGUGCUGAAAUUAAGGAAUCAAAACGAGUGAAGGCAGUCAUUGAGAAUGACAAGUGUCAGCUGGUCAUCAACAAGGCCACUUCAGAGGAUGCAGGCAUCUACAAGGUGAUGAUUUGCAAUGACCUCGGCAAAGAGGAGCGCAAUGUUCAGGUCACUGUCAACUCUGCUCCCAAAUUUAUGAAAAAGUUUGAAGCUGUUGAAGUAUGGGAAGGCGAGGUGGCCAUUUUCACCGCCCAGUGCUCGGCCGUACCAAAGGCAACUCUGGAGUUCUACAAAGACGCCAAACGAGUAGAGGCAGGAGAGCGUAUCAAAAUAGUGGAACAAGACAAGGAUGGCAACUUUGCACUGAAUGUAGAGAAGGCAACUGCCAAUGAUGAGGGCAAGUACAAGUGUGUUGCCAAGAACAAGUACGGCGAAGAAGAGGCCAGUGCCGAGCUGACCAUUAAGCGAAAGCAAGCCGUCCCUGAGUUCAAAGAAAAGUUGCAGGACCUUGAAGUGAAGGUGGGCGAUGAGAACGUCAAGCUGGAAGUGAAGGUGGAUGGUGAGCCCAAGCCCGCUUUCAAGUGGUUCCACAAUGGCGAGGAAAUCAAAGAGGCCCAGAAAGGCGUUGCAGUGGUCAAUGACGACAAGGGCUCAGCGCUGGUCAUCUCAAAGGUGGCCCCUGAGGACCAUGGCGUGUACACGUGCAAGGCCGUCAACAGCGAGGGCGAGGUACAGAGUACCGGAAACCUGAUUGUCCAGGGCCCGCCGUACGUGGUGAAGCCGCUGGAGAACGCCGAGACAGCCCCUGACGCCGAAGUGACGCUGACCGCCGUCAUAAAGGGUAAUCCAACGCCACAAGUGAAGUGGUUUCAGGACGAGAAGGAGAUCAAGCUGGACAGCCGUCGUACGUACAAGUACGACGAGGCCAGUGCCCAGUACACACUGACUAUCAAAAAGCUACUGACUGAGGAUGUGGGCGAGUACUGUCUGGAGGCGAGCAACGCCUACGGAAAGUGUCAAACGACCGCCAAGGUGGCCAUUGUCUCCAAGCCCGUCUUCACUAAGGUGCUCAAGAACAUCGUCUGCAAGGAGAUGGAAAGCAACGUGGAGAUGGUCGUCCAGCUGGACAAGAUGAGCCCACAACCACUGGUGAAGUGGUUCAAGGACGACAAGGAAAUCUUGGACAGUAAUAAGAACGUCAAGAAAGUCCACGACAAGCUGGACAACUCCUACAAGGUGGUCAUCCUCAAGGCAACCGAAGAGAUGGUCGGAAAGUGGAAGUGCGUCGCCUCGAAUGACUAUGGCAGCACGGAGACUGCCGCCCGCUUUGACAUAAUCACCAAGCCUCGCUUCCUCAAGGGCCUCGAAGACUUGCAAGUGCUGGAGGGCGAGACUGUCUCAAUGACGGUGCAGAUUGCCGGUUUUCCCAAGCCUGAGGUGGCUUUCUACAAGGACGGCAAGGAUGUGAGCGCCGAGGCGACGAUUAGAGUGAAGAAAGAGAUGGACGACAUCUACGUGCUGGAGAUUGAGAACAUUCGCAUCAUCAUGAGCGGCGACUUUGAGUGUCGCAUUCACAAUGAAGCGGGCGAAGCGUCCAGCCACGGCAUCAUCACCGUCCACGGCAAGCCCAAGUUUGAGAAGGACCUCGCAGGCGAGGUGAGCGUGAACGCUGGCGAUGAGAUCGCCCUGGAGGUGUUCCUCACCGGAAAGCCGACGCCCGACGUGCAGUGGUUCGUCAACGGCAAGCCUACCGCCGGCACUGAGCGCCUCCUCCUCGACAGCAAGGAGAGCCUCUACGCCCUCAAAAUACCAUCUGCUGAGGUGGCGGAUUCUGCCGUCUAUCACGUGGUUGCUAAAAAUGAGUUCGCCACAGUGUGCUCGCAGCAGUGCAACGUGAAGGUGACCAAGCACGAGUGUGCGCCCACAUUCAGCAAGCACAUCGAGGACGCCAUUGUCGUCGUCGAUGAUAAUGUUCGCUUCGAGGCAGUGGUGUCCGCACUGCCGCCAGCGCAAGUCAGCUGGUGCAGAGACGGCGUCCCGCUGGCGGCCGCUCCCGGCAAGGUGCUCAUCUCCGCCGACGGCAACAAGCAUGUGCUCAUUCUGAAGGACCUCAAGCAGGAGGACGCUGGCGUGAUCAGCUGCAAGGCGCAGAACGCCAAGGGAGUAGUCACCGACACUGCCAACUUGGAAGUGCACGAACCGACGUUGCCCUCCAUUUCGGGGCUCAGUGAUGUGUCGGCUAUUGAUGGGGAGCCCCUCCGAGUGGAGGCCAUUGUGACGGGCUUCCCCAAGCCGAUCAUCAGCUGGUACAAGGAAGACAACUUUGUGGACGAACAACUGAUCAGCAGUGAGCCGAAAGCCAAUCGCUACACAUUGCAUUCUCCCGCCUUCACCGCCGACAUGGCGGGCAAGUACACCCUUACGGCGGUCAACUCGGCCGGCGAGGCGACGGAGAGCUUCGGCGUCUUCAUCGGCGGCAAGAAGCCCGUCUUCCUCAAAGAGCUCGAGGAGAGCAUCGUCAUGUCGCUGAACAAGGCCAACUACAAGCUGAAAAUCGGCCAGAGUGCCAUCUUUGAGACGGUCGUCUUUGGCGUGCCCACGCCCACUGUCACCUGGCACAAGAAUGACCAGCUACUGCAGCCGAACCAUCGCGUCACCAUUACCACGGUGGACGAUGAACACCGCCUGGAGAUUAAGGAGAUUACCAAAGAUGACGUCGCCAAGAUCAGCUGUAAGGCGAUCAAUGACUUCGGAGAGGCGGUGUCGGUGUGCUUACUCAAGUUCCUCAAUGAGCCACAUCCGCCCAUCAUUAAGAAGCCACUAGAAGAUGUAAAGGUGGAAGAGGGUGAGCCGCUGACACUGCUCUGCUCAGUUGACGGUGAACCGAUGCCUGCUGUACAGUGGUACAAGGACGAUGCUCUAGUGGAUCACGGUGACCGGCUGAAGAUUGCCUCAAAGUCAGAUGGCAGCGCGUCACUGUCCAUUGACAGUGCCAAACUCGAUGACUCGGGUCGCUAUGAAGUGCGCGCAGAGAAUGCCAAGGGUGACGCCUCUACAGCGGCCAAUCUUCUCGUCGUCAAACCACAGCGGCCGCCCUCAUUCACAAAGCCGCUCAAUGAAAAACUGAAAGUCGAGUUCAAUUGCCCGCUGAUUUUAGAAGCGACAGUCUUCGGAUUGCCACCGCCAAAAAUUGAAUGGGCGAAAGACGGCAAACCGAUCAACAAGGCCUGCCCCAAAGCAAAGACUACCACCGAUGAUAAGGGCGACUGCAAGCUGGUCAUUGAACAGGCAAAGAGCGGGGACGCCGGCAGCUACUCGAUUAAAGCGACCAAUCCCAAUGGCGAGGCCAUCAGCUCAACAGUGGUCCAAGUGAUGCCUGAGCCAUUUGCGCCACAGGUGCUGGAGAACUUGCCCGUCAAAGUGCAGGUGGUCAGCGGAGAGCCACUGCAGCUGCAUGCUAAAAUCAGCGCCUACCCACUGCCAACGGUGACGUGGGCAAAGGACAAGGUUCCCCUGGAGGAGAGCAGCAGCAGCAGUGCCGAGGGCAGCAAACCUCACAUUACCAGCACUCCUGAGGGUGACCUGCAGCUGGCAGUGGACGCCGCUAAGGCCACUGACGCAGGCGUCUACGCAGUGACCGUGGAGAACUCCGUCGGCUCGCUGACCAUUUCCACGCAGGUUGACGUGCUGGUGCCCUCUGAAGCGGCCCAAGUCCUCUUCAGUAAGCAGUUGCCUAAGAAGGUCGAGCUUCUCGAGCAGAAGCCGCUGCUGCUGACGGCCAAGGUGGAGGGAGACACUGCCGGGAAGGAGGCCACCUGGCUGAAGGACGGCAAGCCAAUCAAGGCCGAUGAGGGGGGCGCAAUGGCCCUCAAGGAGAAGGACGGCGAGUACUCGCUGAAGAUCGACAAGGCCACCACGGGCGACUCGGGCGUCUACGCUCUGGUGGUGCGCACACCGAGCACCGGUGAGCUGCUGCAGACGCAGAGUGAGGUGGCGGUCGGGAAGACAGCACGGGGACCAUUCCAGGUGACCGAAGCCCUGCCAAAGGCGGUCACACUACAGCCCGGCGAAGAUUUGCAGCUGUCUAUGAAGCUGGACACCGCCAGCUCUGCGCCAGCUCUGUCGCCCAGCGAUGUGACGGUGUACAAGGAUGACCGACCACUGUCAGCGGAGGACAAGGACGGACCGAAGGUGGCCACCACUGAGUCGGGUGCCGUACAGUUGCGCCAGGAGAAGUGCACCCCACUGGACAGCGGUGUGUACCGCAUUGAAGUGAGGACGCCCGACGGCGGCAGUCUCAGUAGUGUCUGCCAUGUGCAAGUCAAAGACGACAAAGCUGAUGGAGAUGGCGAUGGUAAGAAGCCUAAGUUCACCAAGCAGCUGUCAGCCGUCCAAGUGGAAAGUGGACAGCCCUGUCGACUGGAGUGUGCCAUCGAAGGCAAUCCCAGCGACUUUACCAUUUCCUGGUUCCGGGACGGUGAAAAAAUUGUGCCCAAUGAAAACUAUGGCAUUGUCAAGGAGCCUAAUGGAACGCUGGCACUGCUCAUUGACUCAUUCGCCAGCAAGGACGCUGGUCAGUACAGUGUUCAGGUGAAAAACAACGCAGGCGAGGCGACCAGUGCUGCCAAGGCAUCCUCCAAGGGCGCAGGCGUCAACAAGGACAAGCCUGCAUUUGCUGAAGGACUGACAGCUACGACAGUCAGCGAGUCGAGUCCGCUCAUUUUGAAGGCCAAAGUCAUCUCUGGCCUGCCAUUUGAAGCGAAAUGGAGCAUGAACAACCAACCGCUGGUCGCCUCAGAUCGAGUGCACUUUGUCAAUCUGCCAGAUGGCACUGUCAUGCUGCAAAUUGAUGGUGCCACAAUGGCCGACGCCGGCGCCUACAAACUGGAGGUGACGAACGACACUGGCAAAUCGGAGAGUCAGGCCAAGGUGGUUGUGGAGAAGAAGGGCGAUGACAAACCAAUGACCGUGCUGAAGGGCCUGACGCCGGUCACUCUGAUUGCCGGUGAGCCAGGCUUUAUUGAGCUGAAGGUAGACUCAGAGAAGGAAGGCGACAUUAAGUUCCUUCAAGAUGGCAAACACCUGCUGCCGACUGACCGAGUGCACGUACAGCAGCUGCCAGGUGGUGUCAUCCGACUGACCUUUGACAAGGUGAACCUCGAAGACCAGGGUGAUUACACUGCUCUCUUUAAGAACGGCGAUGGACAGGUGCAGUCCAGCUGUCCGGUGACGGUUAAAUCCAAACCAAUGAUCACAAAGCAACUGACCAGUUUGACGGUCAAGGAGGGCUGCUCGGCCAAGUUUGAAGUUCAGGUCAAGGGCAACCCAACGCCCACAGUGACUUGGAUGAAGAAUGGCGUUGAUACCGGUGUGGAAAAACGGCAGAUGACUCGACUGGAUGGCAAAGAUGGCACCUACUGUUUAGUCAUUGACAAAUGCAGCCUGCGAGAUGAUGCUGAGUACUCGGUUCAUUGUUCAAAUGAUCUUGGUGAAGUCUCUUCAACUGCCAAAUUGAACGUGAUUGCCACUGAAAAGUUUGAAGAAUGUCCACCGACGUUUUUGCAGCCAUUGCAAGACUUGACAGUGAAGAAGGGUGAACCAUUCACACUGGUCGCCAAGAUCAGAGCACACCCUGCGCCGGAGAUUGUCUGGCGCAAGGAUGGCAAAGAGAUUAAGCGGUCAGACAAUAUCCUCACUAGUUUCGAUGGAACAACUGCUCAGCUGACAGUUUCACAUGCCGACAUUGCUGACUUUGGCAGCUACGAGCUGUCUGUUGGCAACAGCCUCGGCAAAACCUCGUCCAGUGCUAAUGUUACCACCUUUAAAGAGUCGGCACCAAAGUUUACUCAAAAGCUCACUGACACUGAAGCUCAGGUGAAGAUGGAGACUAAGCUGACCUGCAGAGUUGAGGGAUACCCAGAGCCGGAGAUUUUCUGGCUUUUCAAUGGAAAGGCCAUUGAAUCGGGCGUCAAGUAUAGCAUUUUCAAAGAGAUGGAUCAGCAAAUUUUAGUCAUCUUCAAUCCAACUGAAAUUGACUCUGGCAACUACGAAUGCCGUGCCAUGAAUCACCUUGGUUCUGACCGCACUGACGCUACGGUGCACUUUAUUGAAAAGGACAAAAAGGGCGAAGCAGCUGCUUUCUUGACAAAGCUCACCGAUUACGAUGUCCUGCUGGGCGGCACAGCUCGAUUCACCGCCUGUGUCAUCGGAACGCCUAAGCCUGAUCUCACCUGGUUCAAAAAUGGUCAAGAGAUAAAGAUCGACGGGGACAAGUACAUGAUGGAGUUUAAGGACAACGGCAUGAUUCACUUUGAAGUGCGCAAUGUCACCAAUGCUGAUCUCGGCAAAUAUCGCUGUCACUGCUCGAAUGCACUCGGCUAUGACAACUCGAUAGCGCAACUAAAUCUUGAGACUGUUGACGGUUUAGACCGAGCGGACAAGACGCACAAGAGCAAGAAGAGUCAGAAUCGGGCGCACUUUGCUGACGAUGACCUCGACUACAAGGGCUCCGGACUGCCGGUGCCACUGCCUGACCAGCCACGAAUCACCAAAAUGACAGAUAAUAGUCUUACGCUCAUCUGGCUCCCGUCUGUGCCUGAGCAGCCUCGUUUCCCCGUUUCGUAUGUGGUGGAGUUUGGUAAGACCGAUGACGGCACUUGGGUUGCCUACCAGUCAGGCAUCAAAGACACCAAAUGCGAGGUUUCAAAUCUGGAGCCAUUCCAGGACUACAACUUCCGUAUUCGUGUGGAGAACAAGUUUGGAAUCAGCGAUCCAUCGCCGUCAGUGACUGCACAUCGGUCAAAGCUCAAGGUGGAACAUGAGCCAAAAGAGUUUAAGCCAACUGACUUUGAAGUGCCCCACAAAGAUAUGGAAAAGAUUGCGGCUGCUCCCAAGUUUUUGAGAGAAGAAAGCAGUUUCAUGUACGGUGUUUGUGGCCAGCCGGUGACGCUUGAAUUUUGGGUCUACGGAUAUCCUGAGCCGAACAUUACCUGGUUCUGUGGUGAUGUUAAGAUUGAGCAGAGCACCAAGUUCAGCUUUCUGCAAGACCGCAAUGGCAAGGUGUGUCUCUUCAUCAAUAAGAUGGACAUCUCCGACGUGGGCACGUACACCUGUGUGGCGAAGAAUGAACAUGGCGAGGAGCGACGGACCAUCAAACUGCUGAACGCCGAGCCGCCGGUGUUCACCCGCCGACUGGAGGAGAGCACUGUCCCGGCGCGCAAUCACAUUCGCAUGGAGUGCGCCUUCAAGGGAGUGCCCGAGCCGACGGUGAAGUGGUUCAAGGACUACCAGCCACUGCAUGACACCAGUCGAAUCAGCAUUGCCAGCAGUGGCGAGCUGAGCACACUGGUCAUCAGCGACUGCAUCACCCGCGACAUGGGCCUCUACUCGUGCACGGUGAGCAAUGCCGCCGGCUCCAGCACCACUGCCGCCUACGUUCACGUCACCGGUAAGUUCUGUAAACUCUGCUUUGGAAACUAUGCUUGCUUUCACACUGGUAUUGCUUCUACAACAGAAACCGAGGUGACCUAUGACAAGUACCCCUUCAGCUACAACAAGACGGUGAAGCCACAGAGCAAGACCAUUGAGCAGUUCUACGAUCUAGGCGAUGAGAUGGGCAGAGGAACGCAGGGCAUCACCUACCACGCGGUGGAGCGCUCCAGUGGCAAGAGCUUUGCCGCGAAGAUGAUGCACGGAAUGGGCGAGAUGAAGCAGUUCAUGAUGGCCGAACUGGACGUCAUGAACCAGCUGGGCUCGCAUGAGAAGCUGGUGCAGCUGCGGGACGCAUUCGCCAGCACGCCGCACUCACUCUCACUCAUCACGGACCUCUGCGGCGGCGGACCGCUGCUGGACUUUAUUCUGAAGAAGGGACAGCUGACGGAGAACGAGGUGGCCCACUACAUCAGACAGCUACUCGAGGGACUGCAGUACAUGCACUACAAAAACAUUGGCCACUUUGGACUUACGAUUGGCGAUCUCCUGCUGGAUCGAAUGAACGGACCUGACAUUCAGAUUUGCGAUUUCGGACUGGCAUGUCGAGUGGUGCCUGGUAUGAAGCACUACGUUGAGUACGGCCACCCUGAGUUUGUUGCGCCAGAGAUUGUCAGCAAAAACUCGGUCACCUACACAUCGGACGUUUGGUCUGCUGGCAUUGUCACCUACAUCCUUCUCACCGGUAUUUCGCCCUUUUUGGCUGAAAAUGACCGUGCCACUUUGCACAACAUUCAAAAUAAGAAACUGGACCUGUCACAUGACACGCUCAAGCACGUGUCAGAUCAAGGGCAAGACUUUUUGCGGAAAGUCCUUGACUUUGAUCCAAUCAAUCGGCUCGAUGUGAAAAGUGCCCUGAACCACCCGUGGCUAAAGUUGGGCACUCAGCCUGAAGGGGGCAACCAACUGGUCAUCAUGGACAGACUAGCUGAAUAUCAAAAUCGAUAUAAAAAAUGGUACGACAAUGCCUCAUGUCGUCGUUACUACCGCCGUCGUCCCCUACACUCCUGCUACACCCAUCCGAGCCGAAUGAUCUACCCUCCUGACGAGCAGUACAGUCCACUGGUGUCACCUGAUCGAGAGAUUAAAAAGUACAGCAAAACUAUAUCACCUUUCGAGAACAUCUAUCCGCCCAAUGCCACCGAGUCUGGCAAUUUCACCUCUGAGAUUAUCAAAGCGGCCCUGACACGUACCUCCUCCAGCUGCGUGACACUGAAUUUCCGUCCCGAAUUCGGCGUUACCUGCGAAUAG